AUGGAGCAAAAGAAGAAUGAGAUGGAGGAGGCAAAAGUAAAUCAAGAAACUGAAAUUUCUGAGCUGAACAGAGAAGUGGCUGAACAAAGGGAUAUUGUAUCUAAACUGCGAAAUUCAUGCAGUGGGCAAGAAGAGAAGAAUGAACGACUGGUCUCUGAAGUUAGUCAAUAUAAAGAUAAUGUUGACCGUGUUAUGCAGGAGAGGUCCGAGGCUCAGAAGAGUUUGGAUGGGGAGAAAAAGAAAGUGGAAGACUUGAUGCUGACUAUUUCAGAUAGGGAGAAGACAAUUAAAGAAACUGAGAAAGAGUUGGGAAAACUAAGGAGUGAUCGUGACAACGUUUCUGAGAAAAAUGAAGUGAUGGAGAGCCGCUUGGAGUCAUUGGAAAAGGAAAAAGAUGUGAUGCAGAAGAACCUUGUUGAGGCUCUGAAGAAAAUUCAUGAUUGGGAAGCUAAAUUUGAAUCAGAAGGAGCCAAACUUAAGCGAGCUUUGGCUAUGUUGAAGAACACUGCAGCACUGGUAUCUUCUAAGUCUGAAGGUAAGGAAGAAGUGGUUGCCAAUGAUCACAAGCUUGGAAAAGAAAUUCAACCAUAUGUGGUGGAGUUGGAUGCCAUACAGAAUGCUUUCAGAAACAAGGAGAAGAUGGUUGGAGACUUGAAGCAGCAAGUUGAGUCACUGCACAAGGUAGCAGAGGCACAGAAGAAGAAGAGUUUCUGGACUUUGGUGUCAUCAGCAACAACAAUUAUUGCUGCAGCAUCUGUUGCAUAUGUUGCUAAAGGACGCUGA